CGAGGAUUCUCAUCUCUGGAACGACGAUCAUUUCCUGAUUUUGGACCGUGAGAGGCUACAGAGCCACGGCUACCCUUUAGGCCCCCAAAUAAGAUUUUGGUUUUAAGCAACAGAAGUAGAAGAGAGUUUUUUUUUGGAGUGAUUUUUUUGUGGUUUAAGUGUUUUGUGUUGGACUUGAUAUGGAGGGAGUGUCUCAGCAUUCGCCUCUAUUGGGGGUUCAUCAACCCAGAUCGCCUGACCUUGGAAGUGGUGGUGUGCAUCCGACAGAUUUAAGAACGUCUCCGGGAAGCGUCGAUUGUUACACCUCAGAAAAUGAGCAUCCCUUAGCCCUUUGUCUGCCCACCUCCCAGACUUUGGUCCAGGCUUCCAGGACACCACCGCCCCCAUGGACCCUACCAACCAAAAAAGGCACCCCUGGACUAAUAUGUGUGGUCUGCGGUGACACGAGCUCUGGAAAACAUUAUGGAAUAUUGGCUUGCAAUGGAUGUUCUGGCUUCUUUAAGAGGUCUGUAAGGAGAAAAUUGAUUUAUAGGUGUCAAGCUGGUACUGGACGGUGUAUUGUUGAUAAGGCACACAGGAAUCAAUGCCAGGCUUGUAGGCUGAAGAAGUGUUUGGCUAUGGGAAUGAAUAAGGAUGCUGUACAAAACGAGCGUCAACCAAGAAACACAGCGACAAUUCGACCAGAAACUCUAAGAGACAUGAGCGCAGAACAAGAGAGAGCUUUAAGGGAAGCAGCCGUAGCUGUGGGCGUAUUUGGGCCUCCGGUGUCUUUGACGAUGGCUUUAUCACCCGCUGCAAGAUAUGGCCAAACGUUUUUACCACCCAUACACCAGCCAAUCACCAGGGAAACUCUUAGGGAACCGAGUCCUAGUAAAGAUAUCAUUGAUAACAACACCAGUGAUAAUGAUGAAGAAAGCAUAGAUGUAACAAACGAAGAAGACGACACGCCCUCUUCUGGCUGUGGUGUAUCCUCCAGUAGCGGACCUUUAAGACCAGAACCACAACCAGCCAACUUAGCCACUGGCCUCUAUCCACCAAGCCAUGAAACCAUCUACGAAACAUCCGCAAGGUUACUAUUUAUGGCUGUAAAAUGGGCGAAAAACCUUCCCAGCUUUGCUAGCUUACCAUUUCGAGAUCAAGUGAUUUUACUGGAAGAAGCUUGGUCGGAGCUUUUCCUGCUGAACGCGAUUCAAUGGUGCAUGCCGCUAGAUGUCUCUGCCAGUCCAUUAUUCAACAUCAACGAACAUACCAGGAAUGGAAAUUCUACUACGGAUAUUCGAAUACUAACUGAUACUUUAUUGAGGUUUAAGUCGGUCCAUGUGGAUCCUGCUGAGUUUGCUUGCCUGAAGGCCAUCGUUUUAUUUAGAGCAGAAACCAAAGGCCUAAAAGACCCAAGCCAAAUCGAAAACCUACAGGACCAAGCCCAAGUGAUGCUCUGGCAACACUGUCGCACUCAGUUACCAGGCCAGGUUGCCAGGUUUGGCAGGUUGCUGUUGAUGUUGCCGCUUUUACGGAUAGUACCCGCGCCCAGGAUCGAAGCUGUGUUCUUUCAAAAAACCAUCGGCAACACCCCUAUGGAAAAAGUACUUUGUGAUAUGUACAAGAAUUGACUAGUAAAUAUGUUUUGGGGUAUGCACUAACUUCAAAACUUUUUCGAAAAUUUCCUGUUAUAUUUUGGUACUAAUUUCUUAUAUAAUCGAAGGUAUAUAAGGGCACUAACGAUUCUCAUUUUAAAUGUU